AUGUUCUCGCCAUACAGAAGGAAAUCUAUUGUGGCCUGUAUUGUGCUCGUUGUUUUAGAGUGUUGUUGGGACGCGGUAUCAGGGCAGCUCUCUUAUUCUGUAUCAGAGGAGGUGAAUCCGGGAACAUCAGUGGGAAAUAUCGCUAAGGAUCUAAACCUUAAUGUUCAGGAACUGGAAUCGCGCAUGUUUCAGAUUGUCACGGGAUCCAAGAAAAAAUAUUUCGAGGUAAAUCUAAAAACUGGGUUUCUGUAUGUGAGCGAAAGAAUAGACAGAGAGGAGCUUUGUGCCAAAGCACCCAAAUGUACAGUCAAUGUAGAAGCGGUUAUCAACAGUCCAUUAAAGCUUUAUCAGAUAGAAAUUAAUAUUGUGGAUGUAAAUGACAAUUCUCCGUCUUUCAGCGAGAAAUCACAAACGCUAGAAAUUGCUGAGACCACCACUUUGCCUGGUGUUAGAUUUCCUCUCCAUCACGCUACAGACGCAGAUGUUGGGAAAAAUUCAAUAAAUACUUACAAGCUUAGCACGAACGAGUAUUUUUCUUUAGCUGUCCACAAAGGAGGGGAACAGAGUGUGUCUGCUGAAUUAGUGCUGCAGAAAGCUUUAGAUCGAGAGAAACAGCCUGUGAUCCAGCUCACAUUGACCGCUGUAGACGGAGGAACCCCAUCUAAAACAGGCACAUCUCUUAUAAUUAUCAAAGUUUUAGAUAUUAAUGAUAAUGCUCCUGCUUUCAGUAAGCCCUUGUAUAAAGCAACCAUUUUUGAAAAUGUGGCUAUUGGAACGACAAUUGUGGCGUUAAAUGCGACAGACUUUGAUGAAGGUACUAAUAGUGAUAUUGUUUAUUCUAUAAUUAAAAGAGAUCAGAAUAAAAUCCUGCAGAUUUUUGAAAUUGACCCGAAUACUGGUGCCAUCACAGUUAAAGGCAAUAUAGAUUUCGAGGAGAACAACGCAUUUGAGAUCCGCGCACAGGCCAGUGAUAAAGGGCAGCCUCCGAGUAUGACGUGUGUUUUAGCUCGGACACACUGA